AUGGCAAAUAUCAGUAGCAAUAACAUAGACAUUCCUCAUGUAACGCCACGAAUUAGAGUCUCUAAUGAUGGUACAAUUUCGCCGUCUAAUCGGCGCUCUUUAUAUCUCGCUAACAAUCAGUCACCGGCAGAGUUAAAACAAAAAUUACAAGAACAAUUAUCUGAUAGAACAAAUCAAAUUCAGGCAACUGCCGAGUAUGGUCAUGCCUUGGUUCAACAAAAGGAAUUGAUCGAACAACGAAUACGCGAACUUGAUGAAGCACAGGGUGACAUCUCACCAGAACUGCAGAAUAAACUCGCACAACUUGAAAAAGAAGCAAUGUCUCUUGAUGCGGACACGCGUAAUGUUUUUAGGAAUGCUGCAUCGGCAUCUAUGGGGGCCAAUAACAAUGGUAUCUCAUCUGGUAUAGCUUCACUUUCUUCGAGUCCGACAACAUCAUCUGCACUUGUAUCAUUAAGAGAAGAAAAAAUUAAAGUAUUAGAAUAUGAAAAAGCUGAAUUGGAACGUACUAUUGAAAUGCUUAAUAAACAAUUACGUGCCAAAGAAGACGCUGAAGAUUCCUUAAAGACUCAAGUAUGGGAACUCGAAUUAAAAAUACAAAAUCUCGAUACCGAGAAGGAAACUCAAACAUUUGAAGUGUCACGACUUCGUAAAGAAAUACAGCUUCAAGAGAAAAAACUUGGCCAGUCCACUGAUUUGCUCGAACAGGUUAAAGCUCGGGAGGUCAAACUCAGUACUGAACUUGCUGAUUCAAAGAAAAAAUAUGAGCGUCAAGUACGAGCUCAUAAAAAAGCAUACAAUGAUUUAAAAACAGAAAAUCAAGUAGUCUCACAAGCACUCGACGAUGCAAAACAAGAUGUUGUGAAUCUUAAAGCAAAACUAAAACGAAAAGAUGAAACACCAUCAACAUCCAAAAAUUUGCCAUCUGCUGCCAUUAAUUUUAUUCCACCGUCAGAAAACGCAGCAAUUUCUAGUAGUGAUGAACGAGAAGAAUUCCCGAGUGGAGAGACAUUGGCUUCUAUUAUCGACAAGUUUAUCCCAACUCUUAAUCAAAUAAUUCCACAAGCAGCUGAUGCAGUAAAACAAAUGUCUGACGAAUAUAAAGUGCUCCAAGUAAAAAAUGGCAGUUUACAAAGUGAAAAUGAAGAGCUGAAAAAUCUACUUGGUGAUCGAGAGGAAGAAAUUCUAAGAUUACGUGAUGAGAGUGCUUUUCCGAAUAAUGCAGUUAAAUCAAAACAGAAGCCCCAGAAAAAUACCAGCUCUAGUUUCUCGCAAGAAGCUCUCGUGGAUAUAAGUGAAGAUGCGGUGCUUAAAAAUGGUCAAGAUGAGGACGAAUAUUCGGUUUAUGAACAUGAAUCAGAUGAAGAUGGUGAUACACAUAUUAAUAAGGCAACUCGUCCAACUUCUGAUAUGUUUAAAAGUCAUCCUUUGUUAAACCGAAGUAGAAAAAAUUCAAGUCGCCUAUCUCGUAAUAAACAUGUUUCUUAUACUAAUGAGGUUGAUGAAGAAGAAAUGGAAGAUGAUGAAGGUGAUUUUGAAGAACUCGAUGAAAUGAUAACUGAACCAAUAGUUAAUGUCAGCUUAGAGGAAGCAAGAGUUCGUCAAGUUCCUGAACAUCAAGAUCCAGAGAGUGUUAAAGCGGCCAGAGCAGCAGCCCUUGAAAACCUUACCAAACAAAAUAAACAAUCGAUAUCCAGCUCUUCAUCGCGGCAUGCAUCUCAAAAUAUUGAACCAUCGACAUACGAGGAACCAGAAAGCAUACCAGGAUCCGAGGAAAAUAAUGACAUGACAUCAUCAAAGAAUCGCAAGAGUCGAGGAUCAGUAGUUCAAGAAAGAAUAUCACAAUUCGAACAUUUUACAAAUAAACCACAGACUGGAUCAGGUUCAAAAGACUAUGCCUCCGCCAGGUCGACAUCACAACGACAAUCUACUAUCUCAAAAGCUGGUGUCCGAGAUUCAACUUUGUCCGAAAAAAGAAAUUCUACUAACAAGGCAUCUAUUGUAAUUCACGAGAGACCUUCUUCCGAUGGUGAAAAGAAGGAUGCUACUGCUUACAGAAAGAGCAAACGAGAAACAUUUGUUACCUCUCGGAAUGUUGAAAUUCAAACUGAAAAAUUAAAUUACACGGAUGCUGAAAUCCAAACAGAGGCAAUAACUGCUUUAAAAUCACUUGAAGAAUUGAAAGGGAUCGCUGCAAAUGGUGGAGUUAUUCCAGCUGAACCUGAUAAUGCUCAUCGAAGUAGCACAUUAUCUUCCGAUAUCGGCGAAAGUAACAAUAAUAUAGCUGGCAACCGCUUUACUCUUGACUUAACAGCCAACGCAAAUAAGUCAAAAGAAAGAAAUGGUACCGAAGAUUCGGAAACUCUUCCGUCUACUGAUGAAUCUCAAACAAUUCCAAAUAUUCCAAAAGAACCUGUUCGAACUUUGGAGCCGCCUCCACGUCCAUCGAAUGGUCCACCCCAAAAUUUAUUAGAUAGACAACGAGUUCCUGUUGUCAAUGCACGCGAUGAUACUGAUCAUCCAAUAGUGCCAAAUUCGAAAGGUAAAGAUCCAGCCCCCAAUGCUCAUCAUCGGCAUACUCCUAGCUCAGUUUCAGUUUCUACAGGAAGCACUGUCAGCUCGACUGCUUCGUCAAAUGAGCAACCAGCAAAACGAAAUUCUAAUACAUCACAAGUUGACGAUGGACAGACGUCAUUUGGAGGUCCUCGCUUAGAUCCAAGUACUGUGCAGGCAAUAACUUUAACAAUGAUGGGCGAAUUUCUGCACAAAUACACAAGACGAAACUUUGGUGGUGGAACUUCUGAAAAACGGCAUCAACGAUUUUUCUGGGUGCAUCCAUAUACGCGAACUUUAUAUUGGAGCACUAAAGAUCCUGGAGGUGCUGAUAUGAUUGAUGCAAAGUCUUCAAAGAAUUCUAUGCUUUCGAUGCAGGUUGCAUACAUAGAAUCUGUUGCACAAGUAGUAGAUAAUAAUCCUUCGCCACCUGGACUUCAUCACAUGAGCUUAGUGGUAAAGACACCUGGUCGUGAAAUCAAAUUUACUGCACCUACGAAAGAGCGACAUGAAAUAUGGUUCAAGGCUCUUACUUAUCUUAUUGAAAGAGCUUCUGACACAGAGCAACCACAGGGAAAUACUGCAGACCCUUCACUUAGUAGAAAGGGUUCUGAUCCUUGGGAAAAUCAACCAAACAGUCGCAGUCCUCCAAACAGCCGCACUGGCACGCAACAAAGUCUAAAGCCCAAAUCAAGCUUCAGUAAAAUCACGGCUCUGAUUCGCCGUGAUGGAUCAUCUUCAUCUAAUCAACAUUCUCCUCUUUCCAACGAACAUAAUCAACACAACCAUCAACACACCCACGAACACACCCACGAAGAUAUAUCAUUGGAAGGGACUGGUGAUUUGGACAAAGAAGAUUUUGAGAAUGUCCGUGAAUGUUGCGAUGGACGGCAUAACGUGACUGAUUUAGCAGGCAAAAGACAUCGUCGCAAUUGA